AUCUAACUCAUUGUUGCUACUCUGAUACCAAAAGUUCCUCUGCCUCUUCUCCUGGGAUCAAUGGCACAUCACCCACUAUGCUGAUGUUGUUAUGUGAACACUAAAGAUAUAUUCAUAAUGUACACUGAACAUAGAUCCCUUUUGAUGUUGGAUACUCAUCUUCGACUGAGUCCCUCUAUAAACUGAAGGACAAUCAUCUUUAAGAAUGGAUUCAUUCUUUUCCAGAGGAUGCACCAACGAGCUUUUGUCCUAUUCUACAUCCAGGGCAUAGUAUUAGUUAUCAAUCCUUAGAAAUAGACUGCACAACAAUCCAAUCACCAAUACUACGGUUGAGAAAAUGUUAGUAUACAACACUCUCGUAUCCUCCUUGUUCUUCCCAGUUAUGAAUGUCAAGAUGUAAGUGAAGGCCACGAAAAACAACAUACUCCCCAUAUAAAAGGCACCGACUGCAAACGAUGGUUCGAUUGGAGAGAUCAAAUCACAUCCCAUAUAUAUAAUCACAGGCAAUAUGGGCAUCACACACAUUGCCAAUAUGGUUAUCACUAUAUAAAUGUAGAUCGCAUUGUUCGAUUGUAAUGCAAAAUACAAAGAUCCCAUUGCUAAAGUUGAGGACAAUAAGAACAAACGAACAAAUGGUUUCUAUAUUUGAUACUUGUUUACAAAAUACGGAAAUGCUCCUUAAGC